UGUAUGUGGAGAAUGAUACCCAAGAGCUAGAGCUCCCCGGCACAGUUUGGCAAGCCCUUCUAUUGUGGGAAAGACUGGCAGAAUAAUAGAGAAAGGGUCGACUGGGAAUGAAGAGCCUCAUUCUUUGGUCACCUUGAAGUCCAGCCAGUGCAGACGGAGGCCAGACUCAAGCACAUCGGACAGACUGACCAACCACGGUUGCUUGGCCCCAUGGAACUCCAGGAGACCUUCUUCAUACUCUUCGUACUGUUGCUGCCUUCAGUGGAUGCCCAGAAAGUGAUUGAGAGGAGAUUGCAGCCCUGGCUGAUGGGUCUGACAGCUGUUGUUGGGUUCCUCUUCAUCGUCUUUGUCCUAAUGCUGGUCAACCGGUUAUGGUGUUCCAAGAAGAGGAACAAUGAGGAUGAGGAGUUUGGAGAGUUUGGAGAGAAUCAAUCAACGGAGAACCCCUUUGGGAAUAUUAAUCUGAGGAAUACAUAUGAUUCUCCGAAGAAGGAAGGCCGCACCAAUGAAGCCCUGGAACUAGAUGAAAAGGUCGCUGGCACCAGUGAUGCUGAGAAACAUACUAGCUUGUGAGGGAUGCUGGCCACCACGGAGCCCUGAUUUUGUCAGGCCUGUCUCUCAAACUCCACCUUCAGCCUCAGGGGCGCCUUCCACCCACAUGAGGCUCCAAGAAGGAUUCCAUCUGUAAUAAACCAAAUCCUGCCAA